AUCCCCUCCCCGACCACCGCGCACCCCCAUUGGCCGGCCCGCCGAGCGCCCCCUCCCCAACUUCGGCCCGCAGCUUGCUGGAUGGGAGCGAGCCCGUCGAACGCCGAGGGCCGUGCGCGCUGACGUCACGGGUCGAGGCACGGCGAGAGGGGGCCGCGAGGGGGCGCGGCCUGUGGGCGGAUAUAAAAGAGCGGCGGUGCGCGCGCGGCCGGCUUAGUGCGGACGGGCAGCGGGGGUGGGCGGAGCUGCGGGCGAGCUUCGCGGCGGGCGUGCUUCGCGGCGGGCGUUGGAGGCAGCGGGGAGCAGAGCGGGGCCACCGGGGCCUCGCUAGGGCCGCAGCGGCAGCAGUUGGACCCCCCGCCCCGGCCGGCGGCCGGAGAGCGCAGGAAGGGGGCCGGGGGGACCCGCCCCCGGCCGGCAGCAGUCAUGAACUCCAACGUGGAGAACCUGCCCCCCCAUAUCAUCCGCCUGGUGUACAAGGAGGUUACGACACUGACAGCUGACCCACCUGACGGUAUCAAGGUCUUUCCCAAUGAGGAGGACCUCACUGACCUGCAGGUCACCAUCGAGGGCCCUGAGGGGACCCCAUACGCCGGAGGCCUCUUCCGCAUGAAACUCCUGCUGGGGAAGGACUUUCCUGCCUCCCCGCCCAAGGGCUACUUCCUGACCAAGAUCUUCCACCCAAAUGUGGGCGCCAACGGUGAGAUCUGCGUCAACGUGCUCAAGAGGGACUGGACAGCUGAGCUGGGCAUCCGGCACGUGCUGCUGACCAUCAAGUGCCUGCUGAUCCACCCGAACCCCGAGUCUGCCCUCAACGAGGAGGCGGGCCGCCUGCUCCUGGAGAACUACGAGGAGUAUGCCGCCCGCGCGCGCCUGCUCACCGAGAUCCACGGGGGCGCAGGCGGGCCCAGCGGCGGCAGGGCCGAGGCCGGCGGGGCUGUGGCCUCCUCCGCUGACCCCGUGGCCCCCGGGGGCCCAGGAGGGGCCGAGGGGCCCAUGGCCAAGAAGCACGCGGGCGAGCGUGAUAAGAAGCUGGCAGCCAAGAAGAAGACGGACAAGAAGCGGGCGCUGCGGCGGCUGUAGCGGGCUUGCCUCCCUCCCUCUCCCACCGCCACCCGCCUGCCCCCAACUCUGUCUCUAAGUUAUUUAAGUUAUGGCUGGGGUGGGGGAGGGCACGGGGGCACUCGGACCUGGAUUUGUUUUUCUAAAUAAAGUUGGAAAAGCAG